AUGAUAUUUUUACUCUUCUUUUGGUCGCGAUUUUCAUCUGGAAAAGAGAUAUUCACCGGCUUCCUGGAAACAGCAAGCGCGCCUCUUGGAUCGAAAUGCGAGUUUCCCUUUGUUUUUGAGAACAGAACUCACGAUGACUGUCACUUUUCAACUCGGGACGGACUUGAUGCUCCUGCUUCUUGGUGCAUUACUAAUUCGACGACCGGCGAAUGGGGCAUUUGCCUGCCUGCUGAGUAUUCGUGUAUCGAUAACGACUUCGGAGAAGGGAGGAUCUGCAGGACUUCGAUCCAGGAAGACGCGACCUUUUCCGACGCUCGAGAAAGGUGCUCUUCCUUUGACGGAAUUAUCUACGACCCAUUCGUCUCUCUAGCUGCUUUCACGGACCUGCUGGAAGUAGACAUCUCAAACCCAGCUUCAAUGAAUCUCACCUCUUUCUGGACCUCUUCUUUGAGCUAUAUUACUCAGCAUAAGGCGUCUUGCCUUGCUGACACUUAUUUUGCGAUUUUCCCGGCCAACAAUAUGAACUCGACGCUGAUAAAUAGCUACGAAGACAGUGAAGUGAAAGCAUACGACCAUGUUCCAUUUUUUGUAAAUGGCGGUACAAACGACACUUGCUCGGAGAAAGCCCUCUAUCUUAAUCCGACUCUUGGAACACUUUUCGAAGCGGACAUUAGCGAGAAGCUCCCCUUUUAUUGCAGAUACAAGGGACGCCAGGGCUCAAACUUCGAGCUGAACAAAUAUUCAGCAAAGGACUAUCAGAAUAUGACCUGUCCUAAGAUGUUCACUUUCAUUCCCAACUCGCCGGAGCCUUGUGUCAAAAUUAUAGAAAACGCAAAUGACAAAGGAUUCUGCACUGCUCUGGGAGGAAAACUUUUGGAUGCAUCCACACCGAUUUCUGUUUGGAAAAGGAAGGCGUUUAUUUAUCAACUUGAAAUAUUUUUAGGAACACUAAAUAAAACGCUUGAAGGAUUUCGAUGA